AUGUUCAAAGCAACUUCAAACAAAGUUAAUGCAAAAUUACCCGGUGAAAACGAAACCACCUAUCCAUGUUCCAACUGUGGACGUAGAUUUAUUCAGGCUAGUUUGGCAAAACAUGAACCUGUUUGCAAAAAAAUAGGCAAAAAACGAAAAGUAUUUGAUUCUGGCAAGCAACGAGCCACCGGUAGCGAUAUAACACUUCAGAAUGUUCGAAAAGCUGAACGAGAACGACAGUUAGUAGGAGGUGUUUUUCCUCGUCCACAAACAAGUUGGCGUGAAAGGCAUGAAAGUUUUGUCAGCGCUGUAAGCACCUCCAGACAGGUUGACUACAAUACUCAUAAAAACUCGGCCUCUCCUCCAAUUCCGCGUACUUCUGUACCAAAAGAUUAUGUACGAUGCGACUACUGUGGCAGAAAUUUCAAUCAGCAAGCUGCAGAAAGGCACAUACCAUUUUGUCGUGAUCAGCACUCCAAAAAGGGCCCUAUACGAGUAACAUCUCAUAGCCGGCCUUUUUCAGUCAAACAAAACGGCACCAACAUUAACGAAAGAAGCGCUACAGAAACUCGCCAAACAACACGUUCUCGGGCCGACAGCGCACAAAGAUCCAGAAGCACACAGUCGAAGACACCAGCUACUGAAAACGCACCCCAGAACAAGGCCGAAUACGAUCGGCAAUCAGUCGGUACCAGCCAUCAUAGCAGUCAUUCUCAAAGUCGCACUUCAGCGGGACGGUAA